AUUUCUGUACAGGUCCGAGUGCGCCCAUGCAGAACCACAUGAAAUGAAUAAAGCACCACAGCCUUUAACGGGAUCCCCAUCUGCCCCCCACCCUGUCCCCUCCCCUGGACUCCAACAGCCCAACUUCCCUCCUGGACAACCCCCCUCUGUUGUCUUUGCCACCCCACCGCCACAAAUGAACCCAGUGCCACAGCCCCGACAGUUCGUCCCCGGGCCCCGUGCUUUACACCAACAGGGAGGAUUCAGGUCACUGCAGCCGUACUACAGCCGGCCCAGCAAUGCCCCCCGGGUGCCCCCCAGCAGCACGCCGAGGCCCGUGGCGCCCACACACGUCUACCAGCCGGGCCAACAGAUGAUGAUGAUCCCCUCACAGCAGAUCCCUUUCCCCAACCAACAGGGCCCCGCCUACUUCAUACCCGGACAGUACCGGUCAACGUACGUGGCCACCCCUCAGCAGUACCCGGUCCCGCCGGGCACCCCAGGCUUCUACCCAGGCACCAGCCCAGCUGAAUAUGCAGGGGCAUACUACUCGGGCCAACAGCAGUACACGCCCUCAGUGCCGGCUGCUCCGGUCAUCAUGAACCCUCCCCCCCAGCAGCAGCAACCACCUCCACAGCAACAGAUCCAGUCCAAAAGGGAGCGCAAACAGGUAAAGAUCAUAAUACGAGACCCUAACCAGGGUGGUAAAGACAUCACUGAGGAGAUUAUGUCAGGGGGCACCCGCAGUGGCACCACCCCCACACCCCCACAGGUGAGCGACGACUCUUCAGAGUCGUCUAUAUCUGGAUCAGAGGGCCCAGCCGUUGCCCAGGCCAACGGUGAGAACGUGACACCUGUCGUGGUCAGACCAGAUGACAGAGGGAAACCUGCAGCCACUCUCAUCACUGGCCCCCCAGCCCAGUCUAAAACCCCUGAACUGGUCAAGACUGCCCCUACCCCUACAGAGGUCAAACCCCCAGACACGAACAGUAAAUCUCCUUCCUUACCCCAGGACCUACCCACACCCCCACGGGCAACUACCACCCUCCAGAAUACUGCCCCUACCACCCCCACACCCUCAACUAGUCCCAUUGCAGACAUGAUGGACGCGCCAGCCCCGGCCGCUGCUCCAGCCCCAUCUGCCCCUGAAGUGCCUGCUUACCCUGCGCCCCUGCCUGAACCCUGCCACACUUCUGCAGCCGAGGAGCAUCCCUCAGCCGCCAAGGAGGAGCGGGAGGAGAUUAAAGAGGAGGUGGCGGAGGCUAGGGAGGAGGUGACUACAUCAUCCAAACCUGAGCCUUCCCUUGCUCCAGUGACCACCCCUAGCAGCAGCACUAACGGUAUGUCUGCAGCACAGCCCCCCCCAGCCGAGGAGGAGGAGCCAUCAGCCCUGUCCAUCACCAUGCCCUCCCCCCAGGCAGCAGAACCCCCCCUGGAGUCUCCCAUUGCCCAGCCAGAGGAGCUCAGGCUGCCCAAUGGCCUGCCGCUCCCCAGCCCCCAGGACCCUGAGAAGGUGUCUGCGGAGUCGUCGGAGUGUGACGUCAGCCCCAUCGCUGAGCCUGAGGCGGCCCAGUUACAGAGGGAGGCACCUAUGCCUAAACCCACGCCUGUUGCCGUCACAGCAACGCCCGCCACCGUUGUCAAGGGGACGCCCGCCGCCCCCGUUGUCAAGGGUACGCCCGCCGCCCCCGUUGUCAAGGGUACGCCCGCCGCCCCCGUUGCCAAGGGUACGCCCGCCGCCCCCGUUGCCAAGGGGACGCCCGCCGCCCCCGUUGCCAAGGGGACGCCCGCCGCCCCCCUUGCCCAGGCGACGCCCGCCCCCCUUGCCCAGGCGACUCCCGCCCCCCUUGCCCAGGCGACGCCCGCCCCCCUUGCCCAGGCGACUCCCGCCCCCCUUGCCCAGGCGACGCCCGCCCCCUUUGCCCAGGCGACCCAUGUCCUAGCUGAGACUGCUACUACUACAGAGGUAACGGCGCUCCGCGUGGAAGACGAGAUGGACUCUCCACCACCACAGAGCAACACCCCAGCCGGGGAGAGUUCUAUGCAAGCUGCUGUUUCUGUGCCGAAGAAAAAGAGGAAGAUGAAGGAUCUGAACAAGAAGGAGGCUGUUGGAGACCUCCUGGAUGCCUUUAAGGAGGAGCAGGUAGUGGAGAGCCCUCCUGAGCCAGAGCAGGCCACACCCACUUCUGCCUCUGACGCCGAGGAGCCCCGCCCAGCCGCCACCCCUGCAGUCGAAGAGGUGGAUGAGACGUGGGAGGAGAAGGAGGACAAACUAGAUGCAGAGAAUAUCGAACCCAAGCCCGGGGAUCUGAAGUACCAGUACAAAGAGGAACUAUGUAGGCCUAUAGACCCAGAGGAGAAGAAGAGGUAUGACAGGGACUUCCUGCUGGGCUUCCAGUUCAUCAGUGUCGCCAUGUCCAAGCCUGAGGGCCUGCCUCAGAUCAGUGAUGUUGUGCUGGACAAGGCGAAUAAGGCCCCUCUCCGCCAGUUGGACCCCAGCCGUUUGCCAGGGAUGAACAUGGGCACCGACUUCACACCCUCGUUUGCCAACCUGGGCAGGCCUGGAAUGGGAGGUGGAGGAGGUGGAGGUGGUGGUGGUGGUGGUGGUGGAGGGGGUGGCCACAGAGGAGGACCACCCUCUGGUAUGGGUGGUGGAGGACCGCGUCGCUCCCAGCAGGGCCAGCGUAAGGAGCCCAGGAGGAUCAUCAACAUCUCUUCCUCUCUGACGGACGACGUGAAGCUCAACAAGGCUGAGAAGGCCUGGAAGCCCGCUGUCAAGAAGGCUGCCAGUGGGCGAGCUGCUCCUGAGGAGGAGCUCGACGACCCAGAAGAGGCCAAGACCAAGGAGCUGUUCAAGAGGGUCCGUAGUAUCCUGAACAAGCUGACCCCUCAGAUGUUCCAACAGCUGAUGAAGCAGGUCACAGAGCUGACCAUCGAUACGGAGGAGAGGCUGAAGGGAGUGAUAGAUCUGAUCUUUGAGAAGGCCAUCUCUGAACCCAACUUCUCUGUGGCCUACGCCAACAUGUGCCGCUGCCUUAUUGGGCUCAAAGUCCCCACUACAGACAAGCCAGGAGUCACUGUGAAUUUUCGCAAGCUGCUUCUGAACCGCUGUCAGAAGGAGUUUGAGAAGGACAAGGACGAUGAUGUCAUCUUUGAGGAGAAGCAGAAAGAGCUGGAUGCUGCAGCCACGGAGGAGAAGGAUCGCCUGAAGGCGGAGCUGGAGGAGGCCAAAGACAAGGCGCGGCGGCGGUCGCUAGGCAACAUCAAGUUCAUUGGUGAGCUGUUCAAGCUGAAGAUGCUGACUGAGGCCAUCAUGCACGACUGCAUCGUCAAGCUGCUGAAGAACCACGAUGAGGAGUCGCUAGAGUGCCUCUGUAGACUCUUGUCCACUAUAGGGAAGGACCUGGACUUUGAGAAGGCAAAGCCUCGUAUGGACCAGUACUUUACCCAGAUGGACAAGAUCAUCAAGGAGAAGAAGACAUCGUCCAGAAUCCGCUUCAUGCUGCAGGACGUACUGGACCUCAGGAGGAACACAUGGGUCCCCAGGAGAGGAGAGCAGGGCCCCAAGACCAUAGACCAGAUUCACAAGGAGGCUGAGCUGGAGGAGCACAGGGAGGUUCUCAAGGUGCAGCAGCAACUCCUCAACCAGAACACCCGAGGAGGAGGUGGAGGACGUGGUGGUGGUGGUGGAGGAGGAGGAGGAGGAGGAGGAAGAGAUCAGGGGAGCCGUGGGGGCCAACACCCCCAGGCGGGCCAAAGGAGUCAGCCCCAGGACGAAGGCUGGAACACAGUUCCCAUUUCCACCAAAAGCAGACCCAUCGACACCAGCCGACUCAGCAAGAUCACUAAGCCCGGGGCUUUGGACUUUAACAACCAGCUGCUGGCGCCCCAGCUUGGGGGUAAGGGCAUGUGGGGCAGCUGGGGCAAGGGCAGCAGUGGAGGCACCACCGGAGCCAAACCCGCUGGGGAAGUCACCCCAGAGUCAGGAGGCCGCCCAGCCACCAGCACCCUCAACAGGUUCUCAGCCCUGCAGCCACAGCAGCCCUCCUCCUCAGGGCCCUCACAUGACUCGGACAGAAGAGUUCCUCAUAGGAACAGCUCUAGCCGGGACCGUGGCAGCGACAGAUUCGAGCGUCAUGACCGUGGCAGCAACGACCGCUUUGACCGGAGGGACGACCGGGACAGGAACCGGCCCCCGGUCACCAAGCGGAGCUUUAGCAGGGAGUCGGAGGAGCACGGCAGAGAGAGGGAGCACAGCGGCCCUGCUGAUCCUGUACGCCGCGUUGCCAGCAUGACCGACGACCGGGGCAGCAGAGACCGAGCCAGGAGCAAAGAGAAUGUGAAGAGGGAAGCUGCUCCAACCCCCCCUCCUCCCCAGACCAAACCUGCCUUGAGUGAAGAAGAGCUGGAAAAGAAGUCCACAGCUAUCAUAGAGGAGUACCUACACAUCAACGACAUGAAGGAGGCGCUGCAGUGUGUAGUGGAGAUGAACAGCACCCCGCUGCUCUUUGUGUUUGUACGAAGCGGUCUGGAGUCCACUCUGGAGCGCAGCCCCAUCGCCAGAGAACGCAUGGGCCUGCUGCUGCACCAGCUGUACAAGGCAGGCACCCUCCCCAAAGAGCAGUACUACAGAGGGCUUCAGGAGAUACUGGAGGUGGCGGAGGACAUGGUCAUAGACAUCCCCCACAUCUGGCUCUACCUGGCUGAGCUCAUCACCCCUAUGCUCCACGAAGGAGGCAUCCCCAUGGGACAGCUCUUCAAGGAGAUAUCCAAGCCCCUGGUUCCUCAGGGGACGGCUGGAGUUCUACUUGUCCAGAUCCUCACCCUACUCUGCAAAGGAAUGAGCCAUAAAAAGGCAGGCACCAUGUGGAGGGAGGCGGGGCUUAGCUGGAAAGACUUUCUGCCUGAGGACGAGGACGCCAACAAGUUUGUGACAGAAGAGAAUGUGGAGUUCACCCUGGGAGGAGGACGAGGAGAUGAUGAUGACGAUGAUGAUGAGACAGAGAAGAGCAGUAAGAAGGAGCUGAGCUCAGAGGAGCUGACCAAACAGCUGGACAGACUCAUACAGGACAAGGCUGAAAACCAGAGGAUCUACGAUUGGGUCGAGGCUAACCUGGACAAGACGCAGAUGUCCUCCAACGUGUUUGUCAGAGCAGUCAUGACAGCCAUCUGCCAGUCGGCCAUCAUCUGUGAGAACCCUUACAAGUUGGAUGCGAGGGUGAUCACCCGGAGGGCCAAGCUGCUCCACAAGUACCUGAAGGAUGAGCAGAAGGAGCUGCAGGCUCUCUACGCUCUGCAGGCCCUCAUGGUGGAGAUGGAGCAACCUGCCAACCUGCUGCGGAUGUUCUUUGACACGCUGUACGACGAGGACGUGAUCAAAGAGGAGGCCUUCUACAAGUGGGAGUCCAGCAAGGACCCCACUGAGAUGCAGGGCAAGGGUGUGGCCCUGAAGUCCGUCACCGCCUUCUUCACCUGGCUCCGUGAGGCAGAGGACGAGGAGUCUGACAACAGCUAGGACCUGCUCACCAGCGCGCCCUGGACACUGGGAGAACCUGGAGGAGAAACGAGAACAUGCUGUCUGAUGAUUCAGGAACAUGGGGCUGUUAGAAUCAACAAAAUCCUUCUGCAUAAAAAGGAAAAAAAUCAGCUAGGAGAUUCUACUACGGAUUGAAAAUGCAAUCAUUUUUUGUUUUAUUUUCAUUUUUGUUUAUUUUGCGCUGCUGAAUGUCUUUGAACUAAAAUGAACUAAAUUGAGAAACUAAUUGCGAGAGAAUGAUAAGCGUAACAACAAGCUGUAGGGGUGGCUGUUUACUUCAGUGUUUUGAGGUUUUAUUCCUUGUUUUAAAGGCGUCACGUUGCCGUAGCAACACUAUUCAUGAUGUUUAGCAAAACAACAAAGAAAGUCCACAACAGACAGCGAACUAAUAAAGGCUGCUCAUAUAUAUAUUUUUGAUUACAUCAUAUAUCCUGUUGAAUGAGACAUGAUGGCCAUCAUGUCGUAUGUACGAUUCUACAUGACUCUGUCAGUGAUUUAGCUCUUUAUUUUUGAGUAGGAUGAUUGGCAUGUUUUUUUUUUUUUAUAUAAAAGAAAAUCUAUGUAAAGAAAAGUGGACAAGCUGGAGCUCAUUUUCUUUGAACAUUUCAGUUGGGAGUCUGAGACUCCUGUGGACUUCCUGUCUAUGGACUAUGGAAGUCCUGGGAUUGGUGGAGAGGGACUGGGGAGCGAUGGAGAAUGACCUUUUGCUGCUGGGGGUCACAAUGCUUCCUUAUGGCCAUGCUCGCCAACCCUAAUUUGUCCUGUGUUACUUUACUCCUACACUUAAAACUGGGGCUGGAAAGGGAGAACGGUCUUGAAACGAUGUGGAUUUUUAAAAAAAAGAAUCAUAAUUCAAACUUGAAAGGUGUGUGUGUGUGUGUAUAUAUAGAAAUCAACUUUAAAAAAGCAAUUUCAAAAAGAGAAAAAAAGAACGUUCACAGUACGUUAUCCUUAGGCCUUUCUGCUUCCGUUUAGUGGAAAUGCAUUUCAGGAGACUUAUGUAAUAUAUGACCUUUCUUUCAAAAAUAAAAAUGCUAAUGUUAUGCCAUGAAUAUUUUUUUCUGAAGCAAAGUGGCAGUUCUCUGUAUUUAUAUUUUUCUCUCCUCAGCUAGCAGGUGCUUGUAAUUAUCCACCUGAAGUCAUUGAUUACAAUUUAAUUGAAUCUUUUGUAAAUACUUUUUUGCUUUACUUUGAAGUAUUUAAUUAAGAAAAUGAAUGCCUCUUUUCAUAUCCGAAACUGGAAAAGAUAAUAAAGAACAUUGCAAAUAAGAAAACA